GACCAGGCUGAGGCGCCAUUUUGCGCUGCGGCGGCGGCGGCGGGGGACGGCGGUGCACUCGCUCGUUCGGAGGCUCUGCAGGGAGGCGGCCCUGCCCUGCUCUGCGCGGCUCGGUCCGGCCCGCCGGCACCAUGAGCGACGUGGAGGAGAACAACUUCGAGGGGAGGGAGUCUCGCUCCCAGUCAAAAUCCCCAGCUGGGAGUCCUGCUCGUGUAAAAUCGGAGAGCAGGUCAGGAUCUCGCAGUCCAUCAAGGGCAUCCAAACAUUCUGAAUCUCAUUCUCGGUCAAGAUCAAAAUCCAGGUCCAGAUCAAGAAGACAUUCUCAUAGACGUUACACUCGCUCCAGGUCCCACUCCCAUUCCCAUUCCCAUAGGAGACGAUCUCGAAGCAGAUCAUACACGCCAGAAUAUCGUCGUCGAAGGAGCCGCAGUCAUUCUCCAAUGUCUAACCGAAGGAGGCAUACUGGCAGCAGAGCUAAUCCAGACCCUAACACAUGCCUUGGAGUGUUUGGUCUCAGUUUGUAUACCACAGAAAGAGAUCUACGUGAAGUCUUUUCCCGCUAUGGACCUUUGACUGGUGUCAACGUCGUUUAUGAUCAGCGGACUGGUCGAUCACGGGGAUUUGCUUUUGUUUAUUUUGAAAGAAUAGAUGAUUCUAAAGAGGCGAUGGAGCACGCGAACGGCAUGGAGCUGGAUGGCCGCAGGAUCCGCGUGGAUUACUCCAUCACCAAGCGAGCGCACACGCCCACCCCGGGGAUCUACAUGGGCAGACCCACACAUGGAGGUGGCGGUGGUGGAGGAGCAGGUCGGCGUCGCGAUUCCUACUACGACAGAGGGUACGACAGAGGAUAUGAUAGAUAUGAAGAAUAUGAUUACCGGUACAGGAGACGAUCACCUUCACCUUAUUAUAGCCGCUAUCGAUCGCGAUCAAGAUCCCGUUCAUAUAGCCCAAGACGCUACUGAAGACCAGAAGAGGUGCAGUUGAAGACAAGAUUUUUAAAUACCAAGUUCAGAUCUUAGCUUCCCCUUUGCCAACCUUCCCUUCCCUAUGCUCCCUUCCCUGCCCACCCAGAGCUCUCUUAAAGAUCUUUGGUUUAUUUGGAAUAUCCAUAUUUUCAGUUGAAGUAUUGCAGUUUUCCAUCCUUCUGAAAAUGUAAUUGUUGUAGUUUUGUGUAGUUAAACAUCUUAAGCAAAACUAAAUAGGAAACCCAAAGUAUUGAUACAUUUUGUAAGUCAUUCUGGUUUUGUUUUUAAAACAAUUGGACUCCUGCCUAAUCAAAUAAGAAGAGAGCAAUGAUAUGUUUAGAGCUUGCAUGUCAUAUGUAAUAUACACAUUCAGAUGCUUUAAUAUAAACCUGUUUCCACAUAACUUGUUAAAUCUUUCUGUUGAAAUGUUUACCUGUUACUUUUGAAAAAUACAUUACAGCUUUGAACUUUUUCUGUAAAAACAGGUUUCUUUUAGUCAUGAACCAGAGGAUUUCUUGUCAAAUAGUCGCUUUGAGUGUAAAAUAUUAAAACUGUAGAGAAAACUUUGGUUUAAUUUCUUCGGGAUAAAAAACAGGUUCUUGUAUGCUGAAAAUUCUGGCAGUGUUUUUAAAGAUUUAAACUGCUACAACAGUGAACCCCAUUUAGAGUUAAAAUUUUUGCAAAUCUGUUUUUUAAUUUUUUUAAUUGUAUUCAGUUUAAUGUUUCCCCCAAAAUCAGUGCAGGAAAAAAAAAUAUUUAUUGAACGUAGCAAUUAAAUAAUUUGCUGUUCAAAAAAAAAAAAAUCCUUUUGGUAUUGCAAUGAUGGUCAGGCAAGUUCUAGUUUCCAAUCAUUUUGGAGUUAGCAGUAUGGAUGGAAACAUUACAGUUACAUAAGCCUCUUCUUCCUCAAUAAAAGUUAAUUCCACCCAGAUGGAUUUUCCUGUCGUCUUCUUUGUAUUUACAGGUGACUUGGAUCUAAGUCAGUGUCACUUGAUUUUAAGGAAGUUGAAACUAGUGUUCAUUUUGUGUUUCCAGAUUCUUAUUUGGCACGGUUACUUAAGGAUAUGAACCAAUUUUCAAUUACCCUGUAGCUGCUAAUUUGUGCCCCUGCGUAUACUAAAUUGUGGAGUUUUGUCUUAAGAAGUUUUAAUAAUACAUGCAAUCCUUAUGUUAACAACUGGAUAAAUUGUCUGUUUUAAAUACCUAUCUACUGGGUAAAUAGUUUUUACUGUAACAAGGUUUGUAUUUUUUGUUUGAUGUAUCAAGCUAUCAUCUUUCAUACUAAUUUAUACUGUUAAUAGUAGUACUAACUUAAGUAUCUGAUAGAAUUGUUUUUAAACUAAAGUGUUCCAGUUCCAUCCCUCCCUCCUGGAUUGUAAAUCAGAAAUGAAAGCCAUAAUUACUCCUAUGGAUAACAAAUGGUGACUUGUUUCUCACCUUCUGUGAUCAGUAAUAAAUUCAGCAUCCUUUCUCUUCA